CCGACAACGAAACAGCGUCAUGACAUCAUGUAAACAGUAGAGUGUGAAUUAAAUGGAAUAAAAACUGUAACGCUUGAUUGUAUAUAUGGCGUUCUUAUCAGGAAUUAUAAUAAGCUUGAAGUCAUAGAAUGGCAUGCCGAUCACUUAACAGAACCACAGUAUGCCGGAAAACACUGAGUCAGAGGGUCAAGGUCGCAUCGGGUCGGGUCACUCUCGGUCAGCUAUGACCAUCAACAAAGAGCUACAGGCCAAUAAGAACAGGAUUGGGUCAGCCAAAUACUAUGACAUUGCCUCAGCUCUCAUGGGUAAAGGCAAGGCUGAUCUAGAGGAACUGUUUCUUAAUGCCGCCAGGGAUGGAGACUUUGACAGGAUAGAGACAUUUUUACUCAGACGUAGUGAUGUCAUAGUCAGCAUUGAUGUCAAGGACAAACGAACAGGAAACACUCCUCUUAUAUGGGCAGCCAAGAGAGGACAUACUAAGAUUGUCCAGUUACUGCUGAAGCAUGGAGCAGACAUCACUCUCCGAAACUAUGAGAACCAGACAGCAGUAGAAGUGGCGUCUGCUGGAAUACGGACAAUCCUACUGGACUCCGUGGAUCGCUCCACAGAAUCAUUCCAUCGUCUGCUUCUACAGGCAGCAUGGCAAGGCAAUAUCAAAGUCCUCAGGAAAUUAUUGAAUGAGAACAAGGUUCGAGACAUUAACUGUCAGAACUCGGAGGGGCUAACUGCACUUCUACUGGCCUGUAGAGACAUUCAGCUGUUUGAACGACUUUCAACACAAAUGAAUCGCCCCUACAACCCUGUGGAAUGUGUGAUGGAGUUACUUGCCCAUAGAGCUGAUGUGCAUGCACUUGAUGGAGAUGACAUGGCUUGUUUACACUACGUAUCUAAAUCUAAAUCUGGUCUAGCUGUGGCUGUCAUGCAAGCCAUACUGGCUGUAGGACCAAAUAUAGAAUCGAAGGAUAAGCGUCUUUUUGCUCCAAUACACUGUGCCUCACAGACAGGCAAUGUUGAGUGUAUCGAAGCAUUACUGGAGGGAGGUACAGAGGUUAAUUGUCGGGGAUUUGCAGGUGCUACUCCCCUCCACAUAACAGCAUAUAAUGACCAUGAAAAGGCAGCUUGCUCUCUGCUGAAACAUGGAGCAGACGUCACUCUAACAGAUGAUAGAGGACUGACUGCCCUUGACCUUGCCAGGGGUCGAAAGAUCAAGGCUGUCCUCAAGGAGGCCUGGACUGAGGCCACACAGUGUAGGCCCUCCACUAGUCUGGCCCCACUGAAAACUCCAGGGAGGGAAGAUGUCCGUUUGUCUACUGAGGAUGGCAAAAAGAAGAAGCGAGGAGGAGGGGAAGUGAUAUUUGAUGCAAUGCCAACCAAUGUGUUUGCCAACGUGAAGUCUGCUCCAAGCAGAGGGAAGCCACUUUCAAGACACUUGAGCCUGAGGGAAAAAGCCAGACUAGCAGAAGAGAGCAUGCUUCAGGACAUUGAAAAUGGCAACUUUACUCCUGGCCCCUAUCUUAGCACACCAAAUGAUAAUGACCUGAGUUCAGUCAGUCGAUCUACAUGUAGGGAUGGAGUAAGAAAGCUAGGAAAGGUCAGAGGUCAAAGGGUGUCACCUUCACCUAUACCAAAAGCCAGAUCCAAAGAGAGGCUGCCCUCCAUCAGUCCAGACAGAGGGCUAGACAGGGAUUCCCCAACAUUCAGCAGGAAUGGAAAGUAUCGACGAUCAUUUGAUGAGGGCAAGAUUGGUCUAGGAAGAGGAAACAAGCCAGUUACCUACCCUGGUCCAAAUAACAGGAGUAACAGGGUGUCCCCUUUGACAGUAAAAGAAAACACCAGGACCUCCCCCCUCACUAUUGUUGACCCUGAUUUUGACCAGUGUAUGCAGAUCAACAGAAUGCAAGUUCCAUCAUCUCCUACCCCUAGCACGAGUAAGAACUAUAAACAUCAUCGUAGAUCUGGUUCAGACACUAUUGCCAAUGCUGGUGACCUGGCCAUGACCUGUGACCUGUAUAUAAAUAAAGGUUCUGUUAACCCAUUGCAUCACAGUGAGGAAUAUUACAGUGAAUGCACUUCACCACGUGUCACAAAGUAUCCCAGAAGGGAGACAACUCAGUACUCCCAACUGCUAAGGGAGACAACCCAGAAAAGUCUUUAUAAUCAAGACAGAUCUAGCUAUUCUUGUAAUGCAACUUGUGAAGUGUCACAAAUCUUGGACCUGGAUCGAAUGGGACUGACUAACAAAUGUCCACAGACACCUGUUCAAGGUGCCCCCCUUUAUCCAACUUCAUCCACCAUCCUCCCACCUACCCCUACCUUACUCAACCAGCAGACGACAAAUGCUCACCUAGAGUGUGCCAUGACAGAGCCCCAGCCAUCAGAUGACUCCAAGGACCCGUCACCAAGAUCUGAUGAGGAUGAAUUGAUUAAGAAUAAGGAAGUUAAGAUGGCUUUUGCUGGGACCAUAGAACUCAUGAGAAGCAGAUCUAUCUACAAGGAUGAGUUCAUCCUUGAGGAGAGUCGUCCUCGAGAUUUGUCCCUCAGAUCCUCCAGUAGUGAGGAUUCACACAUCAGCAAACGAUCACUUUCUAGCAGAAGCUCUUCAGGAGAACCACCCAUCAAAGAGAAUUCUGGGAAGACUUAUAAACCAGUAAUGAAUACAAAUCAGAAAAAUUACAUUAAACAACCACUCAGUGCUGCAACUCAGAAAAAUGCAACAAAGCAACCAAUUUCUACUGCUGCAACACAGAAAAGUGCAACAAGACAACCAGUUUCCAGUGGUGCCAUUCAGAAAAGUGCAACAAGACAACCAGUGCCUGGCACAUCAACUGCAAGAGUUGAAACUCAACCACCAAUUUCUAAACCAUCAAGUGUAGGUUCAAACAAACUGACACUCAGAUCAAAGCAAAAAUCUGUGACCUCAGAGUCACGCGGAGCAAUAUAUCUGGGAAAUUUGAAUAAUGAAACUGAUAAAAGAGAUGCCCCAGGUGUAUCAAAUUCUGCUGGUAGUUCAAAGAGUUCUUCAGCUCAGAGCAGAAUCACUGUGCACUCCAGACAUCUAAAUGAGGGUCUUGUCAAUAGUAAUGUACAGGGCAACAACACUGACAGCAAAUCAGGACUAAUGCAGGUUGUGUCAUCACAGCUGCUGUCAAAUGUUAAAGAUGAGAUCAGGAAGAGAAAUGAACUCCUACAAGACAAGGCAGAAGAAACAACUGUUGUAAGUGAGGUCAAACCAGAGGAGAAAGAAAGUGGUAAGGAGGCAUUAAAGAAGCUAGCUAAGAGUGAAUCUAAUGUGCUUGCAUUAAAGCCUGGUGAGAAAGAAGCAAGUGUACCCAGACCUGCCACUCAAGCCUCAGCGAAAGCAGUGAAAAGGAUUGGACCAAUUCCAGUCAAUAAACCAGCAGUGACUAAUAAUAAAGCAUUUGUUUCCUCCAGUCAAAAUGUCCAGUCCUCAACUCCAUCAUAUCUCCAGCCAACUAAAUCUUCUGUUUCAAGAACUACCAAUGAAAGCAGUGCAAAGGAUGUAAAAGCUAAUAAUACAAAACCAAAUACAGAUGGUAAAAACACAGCUAGAUCUAAUAUUUUGAAAGUUGGUCCAGUAAAAAAUAGUGAAUCUAAUUCAAAACCUCAGAAGAAGUUAGAAGUUGAAGUAAAGUCUACUACGGAAAAUUCAUCUUCUGCUUCAGUUGAUAACAGUGGUAAAACUGUCAAUGGAAAUAACCCCACUUCCAAUAAUUCUGGAAAUAUUUCUGUUCCUAAGGUUGGCACAAAUAAUGCUAAGUCCUUUGGUCCAAAAUCAGGAAAACCAGUGUCAACACCAUCUACUGCACAGAAUAAUGCAACAAGUUCAAACCAGUCACUUCCAAACUCAGCAAGGACACAGAAUCCACAAAAAAGCACUGCAGCUGGUAAACCCUUGCGUGGAAACUCUGGUGCUACAAUUCUAGCACGAGCACCAGCCUCUUCUGCCAGGAGUGAAUCAAAUGUCCCAGGAAAUAAACCUCCACAACUCAAAGAGAAAGAUGCUAACACUCAGAAACCCAAUCAGGGAAGUUCAAACCAGACUCAGAAAAUUAAUGUGAAGUCAACAUCUGUCGCAAAUGUAGAAGCAAGGGAAAAUGUACCUAGUUCUGGAAAUACAGCUCAGUCCGAAAGUGACCUUCCAAAGGUAGAAUCUCAGAAAGUAGAGGAACCUCCAGCCUUUCCAUAUAAACCAGCUAGUGCAGGGAAGCCACCAUUGGUUGAAAUAGUUACCUCUGUUACGCCACGCAGGGCCAAACCUGAACCAGUUGUGGCAGGUCCCAUGCAAACACCAGUCAUUGAAGAUCCCUUUGCUGACUUGUAUGUAGACAAUUCAGUAAAAGCUCCAGAAAAGAAACAGAAUGGAAAAGGAGUCACUGCUACAGCAUUUGGAUACAUGGUUUCUAAACCAGGUGUAGAAAGAUCCAAAACUAACAUUUCCAUCAAGAGUAAUAAAAGUUCCAAGAAAAAAGAUGCCAAACCUUCCUCUGCCAAUCCAAAGAUAGGCAGGAGAAGGGGAGGAGCUAAAAGCAAGGAUAAAAGAAAUACUGAAGAUGCAGUGGCUCGGCCAAAAAGUGGGAAGAGAAUAAAAUCAGGGAGGAGGAGAAAGAAGAUACCUGUAGACACUUUACUAGGAAAGCAGGCAUCACAGUCAGAUAUUGCACUUAUCUCAGGGAUAGGGUGGCAUGUGGCUGCCAGCUGCAUUGACAAGUCGGAUGUUGUAGCUGUGAAGUUUACAGACUCUCACUCGUCAGCUUCAUCAGAAAGUGAACAUGAAGACAUGGAAGAAGAGAAUUUUGAACCCAAUUUUAAUCGCCAAGAAAGCUUUGUCUUUGAUAACCUUGAAUUGAUAAAAUCGGGAAAUUUCAACUUGGAUGAGGACACUCCAAGAUUUGUGAAGGAGCAUUCCAAGCCCAAACACCUACGGAAUUCUUUAAGUGUGGAUGUGUAUCAACAGAUAGACAAUUCACCAGGUACCCCUUCACCUCGGUUCAAACAAAUCAAACCAGACUUUGAAGCAAAGAUGAACUUACCGAGAGUAGACAAUGAUGGAUAUAGACCGAUGAAUCUAGAUUUGACUCAAACAUCUUUGCCAAUUCAAAGUCAUAAAAUUGGUGAAAAUGACUUGAAUUCUUUGCCUCCCAACUUCAACAUGUUUUACAAUAUGGAACAGAUGAAUGCUGCUCAGCAAGAACUAGAUGAUAUUCUGUAUUCUAAUCCUGCAGUGGAUGUAGCUAAUGAGGAGCUUAAUAGACAAAUAUUGAUUGACAAGCUGACUCCUAUCCCAGAGUCCCCAUCCUUAAGUGCAAGAACACCAAUUCAUAAAACAUUGAAUGCUUUAAAGGAGUUUGAUGAAAAAGUGAAAGAUGACACGUUGAAUGACCUGCUUGGCUUAAAUGGCCAAACUCCCAGAGUGCCAAGUGAAGUAGAGUGUGCUCCAAGUCAAUUAAAACGUGGAAAGUUUGAAACAGAAAUUCAGAAUUUGCAAAACAGAAAUUCCUCUAGUUCAGGAAAAAGCAAAACAUCAGAGAGAACAAACUCAUCAAGUCAGAAGUCAUCCGCUGGUAGCAAUUCUAGGACACCAGGAUCCUCAGCAGGAAAGAAGAGUUUGCAGACGUCAGCUGGAAGUCGAGUGAAAGGCCCUGAACCUGUUACCAGGAAGUCCCAGAGUUUACAGUCGUCUGCUGGUAGCAAAACAUCAAGGACACCAGUAACCCCUUUGGCCAAAAGAAACAAGAACUUAUCGAAAUCUCUGAAUGAGAACACUAGGAGUGAAAUUGAGAUCUCUAUUGAAAAUCUCAAGACAGCCAUUCAGCAGAAUAAACUAAAAAAUGAUGAGAAGAGAAAUAAAAAAGAUACAGAACAUUUAAAUGUUCCUCCUCCUGCAGAAAAUGUACCUUUAUUAGAUCUGAAAAGUGUUCAUCCAGCAGAGGAAGAUAAUGUACCCUCAGAUGUAAGAUCCAGUCAAAGGAAGAAGAAAGAAUCUGGUGGAAGAUCAACCAGAAGAGAACGCAAAUUUUCUGAGACCAAAAGUGAGGAAAGAGAGGAUACUAACCUAGAUGAGGUAGUGGAGGAGAUUCUCAGCAAUACCAUGUCCUCAGUGAGGUCUAACAGGACACUCACAAAUACAAGCAGAAACAGUACACUGACUGAGGUAGACAGGGAUCUACUGAAGAAGAUGAUGCAGAAUGAGUCUCCUUUCCAUGCCAAACUUUCUGCCUCAGUUUGUGAUCCUCAGAGGAAUAAUCAGGAAGAUGAAAUUGAGGACAUCUCCUCACAACAACCCUAUCUAAAAGUGACUGAUGACCUGCAAACAGUACAAAAACAGAAGGUUGAUAAUGAAGCGAUAGCAAAGAUCAUGAACAGUUUCAAACACAUGGAACUGUUUGCAGGAAAAGGUGGGAGUCUGAGGGCUUUGAAAGGUAGCAGAGAGCAUUUACACAGACCUCACAUGAGUGUUGGAGAACCGUCUUCUGCUGCGGUCAAUCAUAAGCCACCAUUGUCAGUUCCAAAGGGAAAAUCUGCAGGAAAGUUUACAGAGAUUAGGGGUUCUAAACAAGAUGGUGGGUCUAUGAAAAACAACAGUGUGAAGGAAACUCCCUUCAAGUUCUCUAACUUGCCUCCUCAGGAAGGAGCAGGUAUUGGUGAUGAUGAUGAGAGCUUGGAUCUGAGCAAUAAGACAAUAACUAGUGACAUAUCCAGCACCACUAUGGACUCAGACAGCAGGGCAGGAAGUGCUUGUACCUCCAUCAGUAAUCAGUCUAAUGUAGAUGACAUGAUACAGUGGAAGAAAGGAAAUGUCCUGGGUAAAGGAGCUUUUGGAACUGUGUGGUGUGGAUUGACCAGUGAAGGACAACUGAUUGCUGUGAAACAGAUUGAACUCAACACAGUGGACAAAGACAAGGCGAAGAGGGAGUACGAAAAAGUCCAGGAGGAAGUGGAGCUCCUUAAACUCCUAAACCACAAGAAUAUUGUAGGAUACCUUGGCACCAGCUUGGAAGAGGAGGAGAGCGUGGUCAGUUUAUUUAUGCAGUUUGUUCCUGGGGGCUCUAUUGCUAGUAUCCUGGCCAGGUUUGGGGCACUUGAUGAAGCUGUGUUCAGACGGUAUACUAAGCAGAUCCUGGAGGGAGUGUCUUACCUUCAUCAAAAUGAUGUCAUUCAUAGAGAUAUCAAGGGAGGAAAUGUAAUGUUAAUGCCAAAUGGAAUCAUCAAACUCAUCGACUUUGGAUGUGCCAAAAGAUUAUGUAUAAACCUCAGCAUGGGUCAGUCACAGAUCCUCAAAUCCAUGAAGGGCACUCCAUAUUGGAUGGCCCCAGAAGUGGUCAAUGAAACUGGACAUGGUAAAAAAUCUGACAUUUGGAGUGUUGGUUGCACCAUUUUUGAAAUGGCUACCAGAAAACCCCCAUGGGCAGACAUGAAUCCCAUGGCAGCCAUUUUUGCCAUUGGAAGUGACAGGAAGUCACCGCCAAGGUUACCAGAGAAAUUUUCAGCAGAGGCCAUGGAAUUUGUUGAUUUUUGUUUGACAAGAGACCAAAGCAAGAGACCAUCUGCUGCACAACUUCUACUACAUUCAUUCAUCACAAAGAGGAAAAAUUCUAAAGGGGAAAAGAAAUGACUUAGUUUGUUCAUAAGACUGUGUUCUUCACUCUUGCAUUUCAUCAACAUCAUUUAACUUUCUUAACAAGUCAGAGAAUCUACAAGGAUGUAUGGAAAGUGCUUUGAAUGUAUUGAAACAAAAUUCUAUGUAUAGCCAUAUCAAAGUGCCUGCAAGAUCAUGUUAUGUUCCAUCAUCAUACAAGAAACUGGUGAUCACAUUGUUCUCGUUCAUGAUAUUAGUUCACUGCUACGUUCAGGUAUCAAAACUUGUUCAGAUCUGUGUUCAGAUCUUGUAUCAUACAUUUCCUAGUAUUAUGGAGAGUGAAUGAACCUGACUGAUGAAAAUCUGUGUUAUGACAAGAAAUUCUACAUUUUUCUUUGAUGUGUUGCACCUUUAGAAGUGUUAUAAAAAUGUUUUUGUUAUUUUUCCAGAUAAGGUUGAAUGAGAAUUUUACAAUUCCCAACAUUAUUAAAAAUUUGUAUGAUCAGUGUUGUUAUGAGCUAUGACAUAGAUAUAUAUUAAGCCAUUACAAUUUUUUUUUUAUUUAGAAAUUGACAUAUUUCCUCAAAUUGAAGGAAAUACAACUAUUUCA